UUAAACACAUAACUGACAGGUUACAGCUACUUCUACAUGUUUCAGCUGAAGCAGACUUUAAACACCACAUUAACAGGUUACAGCUACUUCUACAUGUUUCAGCUGAAGCAGACUUUAAACACCACAUUAACAGGUUACAGCUACUUCUACAUGUUUCAGCUGAAGCAGACUUUAAACACCACAUUAACAGGUUACAGCUACGUCUACAUGUUUCAGCUGAAGCAGACUUUAAACAACACAUUAACAGGUUACAGCUUCUUCUACAUGUUUCAGCUGAAGCAGACUUUAAACACCACAUUAACAGGUUACAGCUACUUCUACAUGUUUCAGCUGAAGCAGACUUUAAACACGAGACUAACAGGUUACAGCUACUUCUACAUGUUACAGCUGAAGCAGACUUUAAACAACACAUUAACAGGUUACAGCUACUUCUACAUGUUUCAGCUAAAGCAGACUUUAAACAACACAUUAACAGGUUACAGCUACUUCUACAUGUUACAGCUGAAGCAGACUUUAAACAACACAUUAACAGGUUACAGCUACUUCUACAUGUUUCAGCUGAAGCAGACUUUAAACAACACAUUAACAGGUUACAGCUAUUUCUACAUGUUUCAACUGAAGCAGACUUUAAACACCACAUUAACAGGUUACAGCUACUUCUACAUGUUUCAGCUGAAGCAGACUUUAACAGGUUACAGCUACUUCUACAUGUUUCAACUGAAGCAGACUUUAAACACCACAUUAACAGGUUACAGCUACUUCUACAUGUUUCAGCUGAAGCAGACUUUAAACACCACAUUAACAGGUUACAGCUACUUCUACAUGUUUCAACUGAAGCAGACUUUAAACACCACAUUAACAGGUUACAGCUACUUCUACAUGUUUCAGCUGAAGCAGACUUUAACAGGUUACAGCUACUUCUACAUGUUUCAACUGAAGCAGACUUUAAACACCACAUUAACAGGUUACAGCUACUUCUACAUGUUUCAGCUGAAGCAGACUUUAAACACCACAUUAACAGGUUACAGCUACUUCUACAUGUUUCAACUGAAGCAGACUUUAAACACCACAUUAACAGGUUACAGCUACUUCUACAUGUUUCAGCUGAAGCAGACUUUAACAGGUUACAGCUACUUCUACAUGUUUCAGCUGAAGCAGACUUUAACAGGUUACAGCUACUUCUACAUGUUACAGCUGAAACAGACUUUAACAGGUUACAGCUACUUCUACAUGUUUCAGCUGAAGCAGACUUUAACAGGUUACUGCUACUUCUACAUGUUACAGCUGAAACAGACUUUAAACACCAGCCUAACAGGUUACAGCUACUUCUACAUGUUUUAGCUGAAGCAGACUUUAACAGGUUACAGCUACUUCCACAUGCUUCAGCUGAAGCAGACUUUUUAACACCACAUGAACAGGUUACAGCUACUUCUACAUGUUACAACAGACUUUAAACACCACAUUAACAGGUUACAGCUACUUCUAUAUGUUUCAGCUGAAGCAGACUUUAUUAACAGGUUACAGCUACUUCUACAUGUUUCAGCUGAAACAGACUUUAAACACCACAUGAACAGGUUACAGCUACUUCUACAUGUUACAACAGACUUUAAACACCACAUUAACAGGUUACAGCUACUUCUACAUGUUUCAGCUGAAGCAGACUUCAUUAACAGGUUACAGCUACUUCUACAUGUUUCAGCUGAAACAGACUUUAAACACCACAGUAACAGGUUACAGCUCAUACGAUCCAAAGGGCUUUUUAUUCUAACACACAAACGAAACCUCUAAAAGUCUUUUUCACCUCUACUUCCUGUUAUUCAGUCAAUGGUUUUUGAUCAUUUUUGGUAUUACAGAAGGAAAGAAACAGGUGCAGGAAGUGCCUCCAUUUCCCCUCCUGAUUGGUCACUUUUCUGCCCCUGAAAGUCUGAAAAUUCAUGUGAUCUCUGACUCGUUACAGUAGAAACCCAAACAGGUACAGAAAUGCAUUUUUGCACUUAAUAAUCUGUGAAAAAAUAAUUGUUAAAGAGCUAAUUGGUAUUUUGUUGUUUUGUCGUCACCUUUAAGCUGGUAUGAAAACUUUGUUUUUACGUUUAAAACAAGAAAAUGUGAUACAGAUCAAACCUCCUUUUACUUGAACGCUACAACGGGCUGUUUGUCUUGCCAAGAAUCGGUUUAGGAAGCUUUACUCUGAGAGGGUUUAGCUGUCGCUGUUCCUGUAGGAACAUUUUAUCCAGCAUCAAACAUGUUUCUUCCAGGAAUUACUAGGUUUUAGGGUUCCCUGUUUACUGCCAUUAAUAUUUCCAAAUUUGUAAAUUGUUUCACUCAGAAAACUUGAAAAUGACUAAAAAGGAA